CUUGCUGGACGUUUCCUCAAGUAUCAUCGUUAUCAACCCAUGGACUGACUUGUUUGUUGUCGAGCAAGAUGGAGUUCCUUUUGGGAAAUCCUUACACUACGCCAGUGGGACAUUGCAUUGAGAGAGCCACUGAUGGAUCCCUACAAAGUGAAGACUGGACUCUCAACAUGGAAAUAUGUGACAUCAUUAAUGAAACAGAGGAUGGGCCAAAGGAUGCCAUUAGAGCAAUGAAGAAAAGGCUAAAUGGCAAUCGGAACUAUAGGGAAGUAAUGCUGGCUUUAACGGUUCUGGAGACGUGUGUGAAGAAUUGUGGCCAUCGUUUCCACGCUUUAGUGACUAGCAGAGACUUCGUUGAUGGCGUGCUUGUUAAAAUUAUCUCUCCCAAGAACAACCCACCUACCAUUGUUCAAGAUAAAGUACUCGCCCUGAUUCAGGCGUGGGCCGAUGCAUUCAGGAGCAGUCCUGACCUCACGGGUGUGGUUCAAAUCUACGAGGAGCUGAAGAGAAAAGGCAUCGAGUUCCCAACGUCAGAGCUGGAGACGCUGUCCCCUAUACAUACACCUCAGCGUUCAGCCACUGCUCCAGAGGGUGACUCUACCUUACACAAGUACAGCAGCACUACUCAGCCCACACAACACUCUGUGCCACCAGUCUACACCACCCCUCAAGUCCCCAACAUUCAUGCCUCCGGAGCCAUUAAUCCCACACCCGAACAGAUUUCCCGGCUACGCAGUGAGUUGGACAUUGUUCGUGGAAACACUAAAGUGAUGUCAGAGAUGCUGACCGAAAUGGUGCCAGGACAGGAGGAUGCUUCAGACUACGAGUUACUACAGGAGCUCAACAGGACAUGUAGAGCUAUGCAGCAGAGAAUAGUGGAGCUCAUCUCCUGUGUUUCUAAUGAGGCCGUAACGGAGGAGCUGCUGCAUGUCAAUGACGACCUCAACAACAUUUUCCUCCGCUACGACAGGUAUGAGAGAUUCAGGUCUGGAAGGUCCUCAGCUCAGGGUGUAAACAAUGGGCUGAAACAGGUCCUCAGUGAGGCUACAGAAGACAACCUGAUAGAUCUCGGCCCAGGCUCCCCUGCUGUGGUCAGCAAUAUGCCAAAUGCAGCCCCAACCAGCUUGCCUCCCACUGUCACAGCCCCUGCAGGAAGGCCCUCCUCCCCAGCUACUCUGGCCUCCCGCUUGGCUGGUCUCGACAUGGGAGCAGACAGUGUGAGCAGUACUCUGAGCUCCCUGUCCAGCUGUAAGCCUCCACCGGCCCAGGACGACUUCGAUGUGUUUGCUCAAACCAGAACUGGAACCAUGUCAGAGCCACAGAAGACUACUGCAUCAGAAAACACUCAGGCCGCUGAAGGCCUUCCUCCCACUCUGGAUGUUCUACAGUCAGCUGCUGGAGGGGGUGUCGGAGGCCAGUCCUCUGUCAUGGAUGACAUAGAGGAGUGGCUGAGUACUGACGUGAAGGGAGAUGAAGGUGAGGAAGGCGUCACAAGUGAAGAAUUUGACAAGUUCCUUGAGGAGAGAGCCAAAGCUGUUGAGCGGGUCCCCAGCCUACCUUCGCCCCCGAGUGGUAACCCAGGAGCAGUGCAAGGAACCCCUAGCCGCAAAAAGCCAGAAAGACCGGAGGACACUUUGUUUGCCGCGUAGACCUUCCAGCUUUGACCUCCGAUUUCCCCUCCAGCCUUAGACCCGACCAGCUAUGCAGCUUCACCUUAGGAGAGACCGACCCGACACUGAAUCACACCCACCUCUGCUAACGAUUGAUCGCAGCGCUACUCGACCCACACUACAGGAAAUUGCACAUGAAAUCAGUAUAAUUAUGUUAAGGCUCUCCGUUAAUUUCUCACGCAAAGGGAAAAGAAAAUGUCCUAUUUUCAUACGCCAAAACGAGAUGGAUCCCACUCGAUGAGCAGUGUUAGAGACGGUGAGGCAGCAGGUCCCCCCCCACCCCUACACCGCCUUCUGUGUAAAUGAUCUCCUUCAGGAUGUUGUGGACUGCAGAUGUAGAUUUGUAUAAAAAGGCAAAAAAAGAAUCCUUGUCAUAAGUAGGGAAUUCGUUUCCUAUCAAAUCCCUCAAAUCAAGACAAAGUUUGUACUGUUAAAGAAACCGCUGCAGAAACAUUAUGGAUGUUGUUGCAGACUUAUUCCCCUUAAAUGCAGAAGCACUGAUCAUACCUACGAGGCUCUGGUUUUGGUGUUUGUAUCGGUCCCUUUGCAAGUCUGUCUUAAGUUGAAUUGUAUAUCUGUAAAUGACAAAUGUCGGGUUUAUUAGUUGUGUGUAUAUUUUAGCUUACACAAGUAUGUAAGAGAUGGUAAUUUAAUGUAGUUUAUUUGUUUUUUGAAAAAGGAUAUAUGUUGCCCUUGCUUUGACAGUAGGGAUGUACCUCAUUGGGCUGAGCUUUUUCAAGAGAAGGGACAAAAAUUGUACACGUGAUUAUUUACAAAAGCUAAAAGAGACGAGGGUUAAGAAGGGAUGUCGUUUUUUGCGGAUUGGCGUCGUUGCGCACCGUACCCACGCACGCGUAGUCUUACCUUGCCUUCUCAUUCCCCGUGACAGACGUACGUGCAGUUUUUCGAUGAUUUGCUGGUCACAACAGAUUUAUUGAGAUUAUUUUGCUGAGAUUCAUUAGCCUGAAGCUGCUAUAGUUUUGUAAACUAUAAAGUUUAAUUUUCAUUGAUGCUGAAGCUAGUGUCAUGGAGUUGUGGAUGGGAGUGGUUUUCUGAUGCGUGCUGUCCGAGGUGCAUGCUGGGAGCUGAAGAGCCGUUUGCUGUCGUUCAGGAGUUUUUACUCGCUGUAGGUUUUAACUGCGUUUUGAGGGAAGAUUGUGCUGUAUGCAUUUUAAUUUUAAUUUUAUUUUUUUAAGUUGGAGCUUAGAGGACCAAGUUUGCGAUCUCAUUUAGGAUGUGGAAGGAAAAAUGUCCUGAUAACUGUGUUCUUGUGUUUCGUUAAUUUUUAAAAUUCAGUUGUUUUUUUUCCUGUUUCUUUUUCUAAAUUCACAGAUACCCUAAAAAAAUAAAAACAGAAGCAGUUUGCACAUUAUUUUUGUGCAUUUCUCCUUUUUAUUUCUUCACGCUGCCAUCUUUAAAGGCCUGACCUUUCAAACGUGAUUUGUUUUUUCAGAAAUGAGCUCGCUGCAGACGUCCGGCUACAAAUGAGACUUUUUGCUCUCGACAGUAAUAAAUGCAACAUUUCACACAAUUGUAACAAGUGUGCACUUUGAUGGCCGUGUUUCAACUCGUACUGUAAAUCAGCUGAAUCUUAGCCUAAUUUAAUUAAUGAGCACAUGAAUAAUUUAUUCAGCACUAUUUCUUUUCCUUUGGUUUUUUUUCUUAAAGAUCAGUAUUUUAAAUCACUUUAUUGUGAAAAAUUAAAACGGGAAAUGAGCUGUGUUAAGGGAUGAGAUGGGAAAUUGUGUAUCUUUUAGUGUUUCUGGCUUCUGUUUAUGUAGUUAAGACUCGUUUGUUUUAUACAUUGUUGCUGGCUAGUGGAUUUGUCAUGAUUGGGUUUAUUGGGUAUGUGGAUAUCCUCGGUGACUGAAAGUAGAGGAAGGUAAACACACAUGGUGUUUCAUCGCUGGUCUGUAGCUGUUAAAGAAUUACACUACUUGUCUCAUUUUGUUUCAUGAAAGAUACAUAUUGAAUAGAUUUUAUGGACUGACCAGCACAAACUGACACAAAGUAACUUAGUUUGGACACUUUGAACAAAGCAUCAUCAUUGCACAUUUUGAAAGGGAAGCUUCCUCUUUCUCCCUCCUUCCUGUCUCCUUGUUUUAGUGUUAUGUGUCUGUUGUGUGAUGCUGAAACAUUUUAAUCUCAGUUGAUUUUUUUUUUUCUUUUUUUUUUUUUUUUAAAUUAAACUAAGAAAGCUCCAAAUGUGAGCUCAAUGAAUACAUGUUUGGUUUCUUUCAGUGUGAGCUCUGUCGGUGAUUUGUAACUGAACCUCAGCGUACUGAUAACGUUGUCAGAGAGUCAUCUCAGACCUUCUUUGCAGAAGAACAUGUUUCUUAGUCACUGGAAUAUACGAAAAGAGAUGCCGAUAAUGGAGGCUGUGCUGUACGACUGCUAAUUUUCCUCAGUUGCCUCAUUUCUCUUUGUGUUGUUUGACUUAUGCAUGAUCUCUAAUAAAAGAUUAGCAGUGUGA